GCGAUAUUUUUUUAACCUGGUACUUUUAUUUUUGAAAGUCGUACUUCGGUUGUCACAUAUUUUGAUAUUUUAAUGUACACUAUUCGUAACGAAGUUGAGUCCGUGGCCUGAAGAAGAAGAACGACAUGUCUACAAAGAAACUGGCGAAACAAUUGGGGUUCGUGAGGAAACGCAGUCAGUCAUCAACUGGACAGAAGAAACCACUAACAUCUAAUCAAAUAUUCCCAUAUCUGAUUGUCAUCGACUUCGAAUCCACAUGCUGGAGAGAGAGGAACAGCUAUGGGCAGGAGAUUAUUGAGUUUCCUGCUGUUCUCCUGAACACCUCUACAGGCCAGGUGGAGUCAGAGUUCCAUACGUACGUUCAGCCGCAGGAGCACCCCGUACUGUCUGACUUCUGCACCGAGCUCACUGGAAUCACACAGCAACAGGUGGAGGCUGGGGUUCCCCUCCUCAUCUGUUAUUCAUUUUGUUUACAGCAACAGGGAACACCAGGGACCAGGGCUCCAGUCGCAGAGCAGCGCCCCUGUGCCUUCGUCACCUGGUCAGACUGGGACCUGGGGGUGUGUCUGCUGUAUGAGUGUAAUACGGAAGCAGGACUCCACAAACCUGCUGUUCUGAAUAGCUGGAUAGACCUGAGAGCUACGUACAGACUGUUCUACAACAGAAAACCCAAGGGACUGAAUGGAGCUUUACAGGAUCUAGGGAUACAGUUCUCUGGCCGGGAGCACUCAGGUCUGGACGACGCCCGUAACACUGCCCACCUGGCCUGGAAGAUGAUGAGGGAUGGCUCUGUGAUGAAGAUUACACGCAGUCUGGAGAGGGCACCUUUGAAGACCAAACCCCUGUUUGGAAAUGGGAAUGUGCCAGGGGAUGGUUGUCCUGGCAACAAGAGGGAUAACAAAACCACUAUCAAAAACCCCUCCAAGACGACAGAGAGCGGCGGCCAUCUUGAAAAUCGACCCAACAGCAAGCCAGUUAGCAACACGGACGUUGUUGAGACACGACCCAAGCCUUCAGACAACAUGGUUCCCAACACAGAGGUGAACUCCAACUUAACUGCUGAACCUGUUCAGUAUCAGAGUAUUGUCUCACCAAAGACCCUUCUCAAUGGUCUGACCACUCCAAUGUGUGGUGGUGGUGGUAGCAGAACAGGUAGAAUAGGAGCCAUACGGUCCGUUUCCUCUCCUAUGACUUUCAAUAUCCCCUCUCCUCAUCACUACAACAACAGCCUCGUUCUGGUCUCCACCACUGUGAAUUGCAUUACCCAUCUAGCCCAGCCAGACCCGACACAUGACCCGGAAACAGGAAGUAUGGAGGAGGACGUGCCUAUCUCGUGCGGUUCGUAUGACGACGUCGUAUUGGAGGAGGACUGGGAUGUCACGGUUGGUGACGAGGCUUCUGUUGCUGAUGUGUACACAGAGAACCAGAGGUUUGAGGUGGAUGAUAACUCUGUUUAUGGGAGGACCUUGCUGUGUCCAAGCCCAGUACAUUCAAAUCCUGGUAGAGGUCCAACCAACAGUAGGCCUAGAUCCAAUACCACCAACACGCCCUGCCAACAUCUGACGAGCCUGGUACACAAGACCGAUACUAGAACAUCCUCCAGUAACUUGGUGUCUUUGAAGGCUGGGACAACAAGGACCUACAACACCUCUGCACCCAACAGUCUGUCCACUUCCUCUUUUGUCACACCCAGACCCGUUACCCCUGGCUCAAACCUCUCAGAUACACGGUCAAUACUGAACAUGGAAACGUCAAACUCCUUUGUGAUUGAGAAGAACAACAAGAACGACUCGAGAACAUCCUCCAGUUCUGCAAAAGCUGUGACAACGAGGAUAUACAACACCUCUGGGUCAAACAGUUCAUGCAGUUUCUCCUUCGACAAACCCAGACUUGUUACCCAUGAUUCCAACCGCUCAGCUACACGGUCAAGACCGCAAACGGCAACCUCGAACAACUCCUUUGUGAUCUACAAGGACAAGCCAAGAGCCUCAAAUACCUCUUCCACAUCCAAUACCUCAACAGCAUCCAAUCAUUCCUUUGUCAAACCCAGACCAGGCCUCCAGAACUCCAACCUCCAUGCUACACGGUCAAGACCUCUCGCAACAAAAAACCCUGGUAACUCCUUCGCACCCAUGUCCUCUACUACAAACCUUCCCAAUCCUUCCGUCACUAGACCCAAACCAGUGACCACCAGCAGUGACUCUAACCUCUCUGCUUCAAAGACACCAAACGGCUCUGCAUCCAGUCUUUCCUUUGCCAGGCCCGGCCCUGUCGUCCAUAACCCCGACCCAUCCACUUCACGUUCAAGGCUGCACGCAGAGACGCCAAACACAUCUUUCACGAUCCACAAGUACUCCUCUUGCCUCUCCUCUGUCGCUCGUCCUUCUGUCGGUGGAUCGUUCUCCGUCCUCUCCUCGUCCGUUAACCGCUCCUCACUCCCGCCGACCCGCAGCACCAAGAUCACGGCCCCGCUGUGCGACUGCGGGCGGCGAGCCAAGCGUCUAACGGUGUGUAACGGCGGCCCGAACCAAGGCCGAGCAUUCUACUGCUGUACGGUGCGUAAACACGGCCCCGGGGGGACCAGGAAGGGAUGUGAGUUAUUUAAGUGGGAGUCUGCUCUCCUCCAGGCUAUAUCACCAGCCUCCGCUGCCAACUCCAUCGCUCUGCAUUUUGGUCUCAACUCCAGUGUUGUUCGUCCCCUGUCGUCGUCUAGGACGAGAUAUCAGUUAGCUUGAGGUCAUAGGGAGACUCUCAACAGCAUUUCCUUCUCAUCCAAUGGGUUUGGAGAGGACAUAAGGAAUCAAGGAAAUGCAAUUGAGAUUCUCCUCACAAAGGUGUCAUAUUUUAAACUGUACUCUAUGUAUGAUGCGUUGUUGUAUUUUUUUUGUAUAUGAUUUAUGUCCGCAUACUAAAUCUGGUGCAUUCAUUCACCAAUAUCCUGUACAGUUUCUAAAUAGAAUCUUAUCUUCCAUAAUGUGAGAUGACAUGAUGUCAUAAUGAAAUGUAAAAUACCUUUUUUUUUAGGUCGGCACUGUCACAAUAAAAGAUGUCAUGAACUGUA